AUGGCCUCCAACCACGCCAAGGCUGAGAAGCGCUCCAGCGCCGACGUGGAAGAGUUUUCCCGCAAGAAGGCCAAGAAGACGACGACCGAGGUGGACGCCGCCGCAGACAGAGUCAACCCAUACCUCGCCCACAUGCACGACGACGACGACCAGGCCAACGGCUAUGGCCCCCUCGCGGGCAUGAGGCGUCACAAGACGACCGCCGCGGAGGCCUCAAAGGCCGAGGACGCUGCCAUCAAUCCCUUCACCGGACGGUCGCAUUCACAGCAGUACUUUCGGAUCCUGGAAACGCGGCGAGAUCUCCCCGUUCACAAGCAGAGGCAAGAGUUCCUCGACAAGUACCACUCGACGCAGAUCCUCGUCUUCGUCGGUGAGACUGGUUCGGGAAAGACGACCCAGAUCCCCCAAUAUGUCGUCUUCGACGAGCUGCCCCAGCAGACGGGCAAGCUCAUUGCCUGUACCCAGCCCCGUCGAGUCGCCGCCAUGUCCGUCGCGCAGCGUGUCGCCGACGAGAUGGACGUCAACCUGGGCGAGGAGGUCGGUUACAGCAUUCGUUUCGAGGACAUGACGGGUCCCAAGACGAUGCUCAAGUACAUGACGGACGGUAUGCUGCUUCGCGAAGCCAUGCACGACCACGAAAUGUCUCGGUACAGCUGCAUCAUUCUCGACGAAGCCCACGAAAGGACCCUUUCUACCGACAUCCUCAUGGCGCUGCUGAAGCAAAUAUCGAUGCGACGAUCAGACCUGAAGAUCAUCAUCAUGUCCGCCACCCUCGACGCCCAAAAGUUCCAAAAGUACUUUAACGACGCUCCGCUCCUCGCUGUGCCUGGUCGCACGCACCCUGUCGAGAUCUUCUACACCGCCGAACCCGAGAAGGACUACGUCGAGGCCGCUAUCCGCACCGUUCUUCAAAUCCAUGCCUCUGAGCCCGAGGGUGAUGUGCUCCUGUUCCUGACAGGAGAGGACGAAAUCGAAGACGCAUGCCGCAAGAUUAGUCUCGAGGCGGACGAGUUGACGAGAGAGGUCGACGCCGGUCCUCUUGCGGUAUAUCCGCUCUACGGCACGCUGCCACCGCACCAGCAGCAACGCAUUUUCGACCCUGCCCCUGGUCCGGCGCGGAAGGGAGGCCGGCCGGGACGCAAGAUCAUCGUCUCGACCAACAUUGCCGAAACCAGUUUGACCAUUGACGGUAUCGUCUACGUUGUCGAUCCCGGAUUUAGCAAGCAGAAGAUCUACAACCCGCGAAUUCGCGUAGAGUCCCUGCUCGUGUCGCCAAUCUCCAAGGCUUCGGCCCAGCAGCGCGCCGGUCGUGCUGGUCGUACCAAGCCCGGAAAAUGCUUCAGGCUCUACACUGAGCACGCUUUCAAGAAGGAGCUCAUCGAGCAGACCUACCCGGAGAUUCUGCGGUCCAAUCUGGCCAACACGGUCCUCGAGCUGAAGAAGCUCGGCGUUGAGGACCUCGUUCACUUUGAUCUCAUGGACCCGCCAGCCCCCGAGACCAUGAUGAGGGCGCUGGAGGAACUCAACUAUCUCGCCUGCCUGGACGACGAGGGCGAGCUGACGACGCUAGGCAGUCUGGCGUCAGAGUUCCCGCUGGACCCCGCUCUGGCCGUGAUGUUGAUCUCGUCGCCCGAGUUCUAUUGCUCCAACGAGAUUCUCUCAAUCACGUCGCUGCUGUCGGUGCCUCAGAUCUGGAUCCGGCCUGCCAACAACCGCAAGAGGGCGGACGAGAUGAAGGCCCACUUCAGCCAUCCCGACGGAGACCACCUGACCCUUCUCAACGCCUACCACGCCUUCAAGGGCCAGGGCACCACGGAUGCGGGCCGCCUCAAGCAGUGGUGCCAUGAGCACUUCCUUUCCUUCCGGCAUUUGUCCAGCGCGGACAGCGUCCGGGCCCAGCUCAAGCGUAUCAUGGAGACGCACGGGCUGGAGCUCAUCUCGACUCCGUUCGAGGACAAGAGCUACUACACCAACAUCCGGCGGGCCCUAUUGAGCGGCUUCUUCAUGCAGGUGGCAAUGAAGGAGAGCUCGGGCAAGGUGUACCGGACCGUCAAGGAUGAUCAGGCCGUCCUGAUCCACCCGUCGACGGUCCUGCGCACCGAGUUUGACUGGGUCCUUUACAACGAGUUUGUGCUGACGUCGAAGCAAUACGUCCGCACCUGCACGGGAAUUCGCCCAGAGUGGUUAUUGGAAAUCGCGCCGGUCUACUACGAUCUGGACACGUUUGAGCAGGGAGAAGUGAAGCGCUCCCUCCAGCGCGCUGCGGAGAAGAAGAGGCGCAAGGAAGCCAUGAAGGGGGGGCGGUGA